AGCACGGCCCCAGCGCCUGGCCUCCAAAAGCCCCCUUUUCCCACCGCUUCUCCCCCACCUCCCGCGACAGCAGCAGCGGCAGCCAUGGCUGCCUCUUGCGACCUCCUCGACGUCGACCCCGCGGAGCUCCAGUUCCCAUUUGUGCUCGACAAGCAGAUCUCCUGCCCCCUGCGGCUCACCAACAGGACCGACAGCACCGUCGCUUUUAAGGUCAAGACGACGAGCCCCAGGAAGUACUGCGUGCGUCCCAACAGUGGCGUUGUGCUGCCGCGAUCCUGCUGCACAGUUGUAGUCACGAUGCAAGCGCAGACGGUGGCUCCUCCGGAUUUGCAGUGCAAGGACAAGUUCUUGGUGCAGAGCGUGGUUGUCAGUGACUCAGCGAAGGACAUAACCUCUCAAAUGUUCAUGAAAGAAGGGGGUAAUGUGGUUGAGGAGGUGAAGUUGAAGGUUACUUAUGUGAUGCCACCUGAACCACCAUCAGAGAUUGCAGAGGAGCAUGAUGGUUUGGAGCGAAUUUUAGUGCCUAUGCAGCGGAUUGUGGAUAAUGGGAGGAGUACGUCAGAGCUGUCGAGUGGCUCUGUGUCGUUGAGAUCAGCUGAGCUGGGGACAGAGGUGGGAUCACCUGUUGGUCGAAUUGUGAAGAGCGAGGAAUUCCUGAAGGCACCAGAACAUGCUGUGGAAACAAAAACUUAUGCGGGACCUGCUGAACAAUCCCACCAGCUGUCAGCUUUAGUUGCAAAACUGACCGAGGAAAAGAAUUCUGCACUUGAGCAAAAUAGAAAGCUUCGCGAAGAGUUGGAGCUUGUAAGGCGUGAAGUCAAUAAACGGCAAGAAGGCUUCUCACUGGUACUCGUACUAGUUGUUGGAAUGCUUAGUAUCAUUCUAGGUUAUCUUGUAAAGAAAUGAGAAUUUCAUAGUCUAUUCGGGUAAUUCCUACGGUAAAUAAAAGGUGACAUCGUGUGAUUCUUAGAUUCGCUAUCCAGCAGCCAAUGCUACAGAGCUGUGCAAGUGCCCAGUUGACAAAGAGUGUCUUGUGUAAUGGCAUCUAGUUUGAUCCAUGAUGUAUUUUAACUGAUCACUGGAAAGCGAUUGCUCGUGUGGUGCAUGAUUGCUGUAA